CCGGAAACCAUUAAAGAAGAAGAACACGAAGAGGCAACAUGGCGGCCGCCGGUGGAGUGUCCGUGGACGGAGACAUGAUGCGAUACGCGGAAUACUCUCCUAAAACAAACGCGAGGAGCGAUGCAGAGAUAGACAGGCGGUUGGGAGGAACUCUGAUUGCUGUUGGUCUUAGUGUUGCUGCUGCAGGAUUUGCAGGUCGCUAUGCAUUCCAGCUGUGGAAGCCUCUUGGACAAGUUUUCUCUGAAACUGUCAAGAACAUGCCCUCAUCAGCUUUCUCAGCCUAUUACAAAGGAGGGUUUGAGCAGAAGAUGUCCAAGCGAGAGGCCAGCCUCGUUCUGGGUAUCAGCCCAGUCAGCACUAAGGCCAAGAUCCGUGAAGCCCAUCGAAGGAUCAUGGUCCUGAACCAUCCAGAUAAAGGUGGCUCACCGUAUCUCGCUGCCAAGAUCAACGAGGCCAAAGACCUUCUGGACAAAGAGAUCCGCCGAUGACCUGCAGCGUUUACGAGCACUUUAAAGACUUCCAUUACCUUUCCAGCUCUACAGUUCUGCUCCGUCAGCAUCCAUAUCAGCACCACACCAAGACCUCCAUCCACUCAGGCUCCUGGAAGAUGGCAAAGAAAGAUGCUCUCGUUAUGGUUUCCUUCUUAAGCUGGUUUUAAAUCAACCUUGUGAACUGACUGAUGGAUGCUGCCUCAAAAUAACUGUCUUGUGAAACACGUCAGGUGUUAUUAUUGAAGGUUGUAUCCUUGUAGCUGUUAAAAUAGAACAGUGCUGCUCAGUUCAUCAUCUCAAUGUAUAGCAUUUUGGUAUGAGUGUACAUAUGUCUGCUUGUAGGGUAUUACAUAACAAUCUAUUUAAGGAACAAUAGAGUAAUACAAUCAGAUGUUUCCAUAUUUAAACAGUUGAAAUGAGAGUGGUAAAAAGAAAUCAAUAAACUUUAUUUGGGAACAUUUACA